AUGCGGUCUUUGAUCUAUGCACCGACACCGGCCUCAUGGUUCCUCAACGGACAAACCACUGUCUACACUCAGCAGGCCAAGAAGUGGUCUGAAUUCUGGACAUGCGGUUUGCAAAUGACAAAACAUUCCCACACAAAAUCCUACAUGUACUCUGGAGGAUACUCAAAUAAUGGUACAGAAACGACGCAGGGACAGGCUCCAUAA